CCCAUAUUCCCAGUUGGUUGCGCAUUCAGCAUAGCAGGAUGCCGGAUCCAGCUAAAUCCGUGCCUGUUCCGAAGAAGGGCUCCAAGAAGGCCAUCACCAAGACGCAGAAGAAGGGCGACAAGAAGCGCAAGAAGAGCCGCAAGGAGAGCUACUCCAUCUACGUCUACAAGGUGCUCAAGCAGGUCCACCCGGACACGGGCAUCUCCUCCAAGGCCAUGAGCAUCAUGAACUCCUUCGUCAACGACAUCUUCGAGCGCAUCGCGGCCGAGGCUUCCCGCCUGGCGCAUUACAACAAGCGCUCCACCAUCACCUCCCGGGAGAUCCAGACCGCCGUGCGGCUCCUGCUGCCCGGAGAGCUGGCCAAGCACGCCGUCUCCGAGGGCACCAAGGCCGUCACCAAGUACACCAGCUCCAAGUAAUUCCUUAAUUGGCACAACAGUUUUUUAAACAAACCAACGG